AGAGCAGGCCUCAAAUAUGGAAGCCAUCCGCUUCUUGCUAGCACUGACUUUGGUCUCAGGCAGCCUGAGGUUAGGCCAAGGCCUUGAAGAGAGACUCGGCUCCAAGGAGCUAGUGGCUGAAGAGCUCAAUGCCUAUCCAGAGAGAUUCGUAGACUGGGUGCAACAAGAGAACGAGGAACAUGCUGCUCAGAGCUCUCCUGAGGAUAAUUCCUUGGGGGUCUUGCUCCGCUCCUUCCUUCAUGCCGUGCAGAGACCUGGACGCAGCCCAUCCUUCCUAUUCCAGCCCCAAAGGUUUGGCCGUGAUGCCCGUGCCAGUUCCAGCAGUGGUGUCCGAAUCAACCCCCGGGCUUGGGAUUCGAUGGCACCUCAGUUUCUGAGUAUGGCUGUUCCACAGCGCUUUGGCAAGAAGAAAUGAAGCUGGAAAGAACACACACACAAACCUAACACCACCAGAAACAAUUGCCAAGUUAAUUCUGCCCUCUCCUAUCCCUUCUAUUCCUAUUUUUGUUGUCACUGUUGGUUACCUGGACAACUGGUUCUCCUGUUUGGGCUUUGCUGGUUGUUAAUGAUUAUAA